GAGGACACGUUUGUACGGUGUUCUUGGCUCCCUCUCACCUCAGCUAGCGGCUUGAAUGCCGGCACACAGGCGCCAGCUCCAUCCCGAUGGCGCUGCCCUUGAUCGAGCGAUAUUACGAGAGGUUUUCAGGGACCGUCGGCGUUGCAAAUCCACAUUUCCGCGGAGCUGUGGAUUUCGCUAUCGCGCUCGUGAAAUGUGAGUGAUCGAUGCCGUGCUUCUCGAAGGCGGGGUAGAUCGGCGCUGCGCGCACGGUAGUUCUGGGAUCCUGGCAGGGCUCUGCGCCAGGGGAAGUGAAUCUUCGUUGGGAUAUCGGAGCCAGAGGAGCAUGGGAAGCGAGUACCAUCAAUCGUAUCAGCAAGGCGGUGUACACAACUCCUCGAAGGCCAAGUCACAGUUUCAAAGGCAGCCCCAGCAGAGAGUGGGAGCUCCGGAUCCUCUACUCAGAGAGUUGUCCGCUCUAAGUCGGGCGCCAUCGCUGAGGGAUCCAUCUACGAGCUCCGUUUGGAAGUCGGGCUUGCCUCCUCAACACAACAGCACCAACAAUAGGCUAGACAAGGAGCUCCCUGCUCGUCUUCGUGGACGAGAAGCCAAAGUUGCGAAAGCGCCAGCAAGUUUUCAAGGGGAAACUGUGGAUCAAGACGGCUACGGAGAGGAGAUUGAGCAGGAUCAACUUAGAACGGAAUGGCAGGACAAAGUCGUCAACUGGAUAGAUGGUGGUCUUCGGGAAGGUGAGCGAAAGCAGGCGCUUCUUCGGAGCAUCAGCGAGAUACUGAAUCAAAAGAUGGAUGCUCCGGAUAGUAGCUCCAGCGCCAACACAAAGCUGCGGAAAAUUGGAUCCCUGGAGCACCAGAGGCCUCCGCAAAACUUGAGAAGGAACAGGCACCAGAAGGAAGGUGGCAGCAGAAGAGGCGGAAGAAUUGCGUGGAGGGAGCAAGAGGAGGAAGGGUAUGAACUGGAGAAAGCAUUGGCCGUGACAAGGCACGAAGCGGAUCCAGGCUACGAUUACGAGGAGUCCGACAGUUCUUCCGACGACGAAACAGACGGCUUAGUUUCUCACUUGCACUCUCCGUUACUCGCCAUGCAGAAAGAGCGGAGGGUGAGACGCCACAGAAAGCUAGCGACGGGAGACCUGGGAUGUGCAAACUUUGGCUUUUCUAUGGGUUCCCAUCCAUACAAGAAGUUCCUGCCACGAAAGGGCCAUGAAGCCGAUGCUUACGACGGGACUGAAAGCAGUCACGGGUGCGGCCUCCCAUGGUCUUACUGGCCAAGGCACAAAGGAAAGAACCUCCUCGAAGUAGCUGGGAAAAGUCUCUCCUGCUAUCCGGACAUUCCAAGGAGGAAGAUCACGGGUCAAGAGAUGAUCCCGGCUCCUGGGAGCAUACCUGUUUCUGCAAACACAGACAGUGCUGCUGCUAUCUCGAACCUGUCACUUUUAGCUGGUAGUUUGGAGAAGGAUUUGGACAGGCUCUCGAAUGGGAAAAGGCACAGGAGCUUGAGCCAGAAGUACCGUCCCAAGACCUUCAGGGAUAUAGUUGGACAGAACAUGUUGGUGCAAGCUCUUGGCAAUGCCGUGACCAGGGGGAGGAUAGCACCGGUAUAUUUGUUCCAUGGGCCUCGUGGAACUGGAAAGACUUCGGCUGCUAAAAUCUUGGCGGCGGCAUUGAACUGCGUCUCUGUGGAAGAUACUCGGCCCUGUGGAGUCUGCAGAGAGUGCUUGCUUCUCUGCCUGGGGAAAAGCGGAGACGUGAAAGAAGUGGACGUUGCAAGUCACGACUCAACAAGUCUAAUGAAGAAGCUGCUAAUGGACGCUGUGGUUGGGCCGUCAUCAGGUCGUUACAAAGUUUUCAUCAUUGACGAGUGCCACACACUCACAGCAGAGGGGUGGAACGUGUUUCUGAAAUGCCUCGAAGAACCCCCAGAGCACGCGGUUUUCAUUCUCACCACGACUGACACCGAGCAGUUGCCACAUCCGGCGUCAACAAGGUGUCAAAAGUUCCAUUUUCCCAAGAUCAAGGACUCGGACGUGGUGAGCAGGUUGCAGGCUCUCGCUGCAAAGGAAAACUUGGAGGUGGAGAAAGAUGCGCUCGACCUCAUCGCGGCAAGGUCUGGUGGUUCGCUCAGGGAUGCUGAAACAACACUGGAUCAACUUAGUCUCGUGGGACAGAAGAUCACUCUAGAAGUGGUGCAAGAGCUUGUUGGGCUGGUGUCCAAUGCAAAGCUGGCGGAUUUGCUGGACAUGGCUCUCACUGGGGACACACUGAACACUGUCAAGUGCAUUAGAGAGUUCAUGGACGCAGGUGUUGAGCCACUAGCUCUCAUGUCCCAGAUCGCCACCCUGAUAACGGACAUCCUAGCAGGUGGAUACAUGCCAGCAAGCGACAAGGGAUUUUUUCAUAAGCACGCAUUGUCUAAAGAUCAGCUGGAGAAGCUGCGACAUGCUCUCAAAACGCUGUCGGAAUCUGAGAAGCAAAUACGAUCUUCUCAAGAUCAGACAACAUGGCUGACGGCCGCUUUACUACAGUUUGCUCCUGAUCCUCACUCUGGAUUUCCUGGGUCCUCUGGUAGAACAAGCAAUACACCCAGCAUAUUAGCAGCUAAUGACACGAGCGAGAAGGAGACAAUAGAGUGGGAACCUCCGCUAACAAAAGAGUCCUGGGAUGACGUAGAACAUCAGCACCAAGCUGUUCUCUCUGGACACCUGAAUUCCCUUCAGAUUGACGCAGAGAACAACUUAAAGCACCAAGCUGUUCUCUCUGGACACCUGAAUUCCCUUCAGAUUGACGCAGAGAACAACUUAAAGCACCAAGCUGUUCUCUCUGGACACCUGAAUUCCCUUCAGAUUGACGCUGAGAACAACUUAAAUGGUCAGGACACCACAGCACAACAACCAUCGGCACUUGGAGAAGGUGACAGGGUUGCGCUCGAGCGUCAGCAAAAGCUACUGGACACUUGGAUACGGGUUCUGGAAGUCAGCCAGUCUAGCAUUCUCAAGCAGCUUCUUUGGAACCACAGUAGACUGUCGUCAAUAUCAAUUGAAGGAGGUCGUGCAGUAGCACAUUUGGAAUUUCUACAGGCUGACCACAGAACAAGCGCCGAGAGGUCAAAAACCAGCAUCUCUCACGCGUUUCAACUAGUUCUCGGCUUUCCGGUAGAGAUUCGCCUCCACCUCUCUGGAGACGAAGAUACCAAGUCCAAAAGCCACGAGCAGAAACUCUUGCCCGUUUCGGCGGAGUUUAAAGUUCCGGCCUCGCCUGCAAAGUCAUCCGUACCGCAAGCCGAGUAUCUCAACUCUCGGUCAUUUCCCGUCUUCAUCGGGAACGUCAAGCGCGAGGGCGACGAGUUCCCGAAAGGCUCGUGGGACUUUGAAGACUUUUCGCACAGAAAGUCUGGCAGCUCCGAGAACCACUCGGAGAACGAUGGCACCAAAGGUUGGGGACUGCGUCAACAAGGCAGACAAAUGCUCCAGAUUCAAGGCAGACGGUUCAAGCUCAAGACGGUGCGAAACUUUAGCACGGAUCUUUGCUCGGAAGCGGGGCAGCACGUCGAGUCCAAGAACCAGAAACCAAGUGCUCGGCAAAAGCAAGGUGCCAGUCUACUCUGCUGGAAGACAAACAAAGUGGAUGAAGACGACGAAGAAGAAGCCGAGCAAGAGGCCGCGCGACCAUAAGUUACGAGUAGGUAAGCAAAUGAAUAGUAUAAUAUCAAUGGUGUUAUUCGCCAGGAAAGUAUGAGCACGACUGUGUUUAUUUACUCGGAGAUGGCAACAAAACUAUUGCGAGAAGUAAGCUUA